CAGCGGAGCCCGAGUCGAGCCCAAGAGAGAGAGCGGGCGGGAGGGCCAGGCGCGCAGUGGCGGCAGACCGCGGCCAGAGUUCGGCGCCAGCCACCUCGGGCCUUCCAGCCAGCCCCGCGGCGGGGCAGCCGCAGGAGCCCUGGCUGUGGCUGGGGGGCAGUGGGCCAUGCCGGGGGCAGUGGUAUGCCCCAGCUGGAAGCAGGCGGAGGACAUUAGGGACAUUUAUGACUUCAGAGAUGUUCUGGGCACGGGGGCCUUCUCAGAGGUAAUCCUGGCAGAAGAUAAGAGGACUCAGAAGCUGGUGGCCAUCAAAUGUAUCGCCAAGAAGGCCCUGGAGGGCAAAGAGGGCAGCAUGGAGAAUGAGAUCGCUGUCCUGCACAAGAUCAAGCACCCCAACAUUGUAGCCCUGGAUGACAUCUAUGAGAGUGGGGGCCACCUCUACCUCAUCAUGCAGCUAGUGUCAGGUGGGGAGCUGUUUGACCGCAUUGUGGAAAAAGGCUUCUACACAGAGCGGGAUGCCAGUCGCCUCAUCUUCCAGGUGUUGGACGCUGUCAAGUACCUGCACGACCUGGGUAUCGUACACCGUGAUCUCAAGCCAGAGAAUCUGCUGUACUACAGCCUGGAUGAGGAUUCCAAGAUCAUGAUCUCCGACUUUGGCCUCUCCAAGAUGGAAGACCCAGGCAGUGUGCUCUCCACAGCCUGUGGAACCCCAGGAUACGUGGCCCCUGAGGUCCUGGCCCAGAAGCCCUACAGCAAGGCUGUGGACUGCUGGUCCAUUGGGGUCAUUGCCUACAUCCUGCUCUGCGGCUAUCCCCCAUUCUAUGACGAGAAUGAUGCCAAACUCUUUGAACAGAUUUUGAAGGCCGAGUACGAGUUUGACUCUCCUUACUGGGACGACAUCUCUGAUUCUGCCAAAGAUUUCAUCCGGCACUUGAUGGAGAAGGAUCCAGAGAAGAGGUUCACCUGUGAGCAGGCUUUGCAGCACCCAUGGAUUGCAGGAGAUACGGCUCUAGAUAAGAAUAUUCACCAGUCAGUGAGCGAGCAGAUCAAGAAGAACUUUGCUAAGAGCAAAUGGAAGCAAGCCUUCAAUGCCACGGCUGUGGUUCGGCACAUGAGGAAGCUACAGUUGGGUACCAGCCAGGAGGGGCAGGGACAGACGAGCCACGGGGAGCUGCUAACACCAACAGCAGGGGGGCCGGCAGCCGGCUGCUGCUGUCGAGACUGCUACGUGGAAUCAGGCCCGGAACUGUCCCCCACACUGCCCCCGCAGCUCUAGGGCCCUGGAUUAAGUCAGGGUUUCUUUCAUGGGAGGGGCAGACUACUCCCUUCCCUCUGUGAACUGGGGAGUUACCCUACCCUCUGCCCUCCUCACCCGCUUUGCUCUCACUCCUCACUGCAUUUUCCAUACAAAUGUUUCUAUUUUAUUGUUCCUUCUUGUAAUAAAGGGAAGAAGAUAAAACCAGA